AUGGUUUCCCUUGAUACCACCGGGUGCCUGAAAGGAGUUAUUGCAUCAACUAAAGCCAAAAAAGAUUACGAUGACCACGAUAAUGAUCAUGAUGAUCAUGAUGAUGAUGGGCAACCGAAUUACUGCCCAAAAGACAAUGGCAUGUUUCCUAACCCAACAGACUGCUCCACAUUCUACAACUGCGUGGACGGGACCGCCAUUGCCAUGAGCUGCGCACCAGGUCUUCUCUUCGAUCCGGAGAAGAAGAUGUGCAACUUCCCUGACCAAGUGAAAUGUUCCAAUGAAUGUAGAGGUCCAAACGGACUUUUUCCAAGCCAACAUAGAUGCGACGAAUUCAUCCUUUGCACCAACAACAAACCUAAAGUCCAGCGAUGCAAGAAAGGGCUCUACUUCGACGCCAAUCUGCAAGUCUGCAACUACAAGGAUCAAGUCCUCUGCAGCUUACAUAAGUUGGUGUUUCAGAUUCAUCACUUCAUAAAAUUUAUCAAGUGUCAUAAAAGUAUAUGGGCUGAUGAUGACGAUGAUGAUGAUGAAAGUGAUCACAAAAGUAGCAAAAAACAGUAUAGAAAUAACGAUGAUGAUGAUGACGAUGAACCUCCUAAAAAACGAGGUACAUCAGUACGCGAUGCGCAUAAGGAACUCGCUGUUGCAAGCGUGAGAUCGGUUUGUCCAAAAUCAAGAGGUUUAUUUGCCCAUGCAGAGUCCUGCGCCAAGUUUUAUCAGUGCUAUGAUGGUGAAGUUUUGGUUAAAAGUUGCCCAGAUGGUUUGCUAUUUGACGCAAGUGCCCACAUGUGUGCCCAUGGGCGCGAUGUUGAUUGUAGAUCUAGAAAAGUAUACAGGCAUCUAGAUUUUAAAUAA